AAGCUUUGUAAGGAUUGGGACUGUGGGCGUGCAUGUGUGUGUGUGCUCAAAGAGACUUUACCAUUUACACCCAGAUUCUCACACACUUCAGUGCUGUUUAACUUGGUACAACUUCAGGACAAAAAAACUUCUUUCAGAGAGGUUGAUCUUAGAGCCAUAUCAGCAGCUGGUGUGAUCUCUGUUAUUUCCACCAUUGUGAGGCAACAAGAAAAGGACAACUAGAGGCAGAAAAGAGGCAAACAUGUCCCACACUCUGCUGAGGAGGAAUUCCAGCAAACAGGGUUUGCAAAAUCUAAUGAGACUCACCGCUCAGAGGAGCAUUGAGGAUGCUGAAGAAGUGGAGCGGGAACGUCGUCAAAAGGCUCGAGAACCUUUACGCCGACUGAACAGCGGCUCAACACCGGAAGACUCGUCACCAGAGAGCGAGGCGCCGGAGGAGAAGAACACGUAUGAUCGUGAACUGAAACCCAGCAGUUCCCCUUCUCUUGAGGAAGAUGAGGGUUUUAGUGACUGGACUCAGCGCAGAGAAAAACAAAGACAGCAGCGACUGCAGGAGCUCAGUCAGGAUGGAGAAGAAGAGGAAGAAGAAGAAAAUGUCUUUAUAAAGAACAAUGUAGCCAAUAAGGCUGCUCACCCUGCUUUGACGCCGUUCAGUCCAGUUCAAAGACAAGAUCAGAAAGAUACUGACAGCAUCAGGAUGAAGGCAGAGAGGAGGAACAAGUAUGAAGAAGAGGUUAGGAGAGUGAAGGAGAGGGGGGAAAUGAAGAAGGACAAGGUGCUGCUUUCCACAAAACAAGAGACUCAAAGGUCAAAUACAGAGGAAGUGAAAAAGAAAGAACUUAAAGUAUCCUACACAUCCAAGGUUUUCCUGUGUCAGAAGCCAAAACACAACAGCCAAAAGAGUGGCACGGCCUGCCAGGAAGUGACAUCAGUCAUGAACCAGAAGAGCAGAUCUAGCAGACAAUUUGUGGAGUCAGAGGAGGCGAAGCCCUUCCUGGAGGCGGAGCAGAGACUGGAGAGGAUUCGCCAGAGCCUGCAGGAGAAGGAGAGUCAGGAGCUGGAGCAAAUUAGACAUAGGCAGUUUGAGGCCGAGCAGGAGCUGGAAGAGUUGAAGACAAGACGGAAGGAGAGACGGCGAGCUCGUGAGGAAGAGGAGCGCCAGAGAGAGGAUGAGGAGAAGCAGCAACUGGCUGCUGAGGAGGAGGAAAGAAGAAAGAUGAGGGAAGACAUGGAGAGGAGGAGGAUGGAAGCAGCAGAAAGGAUGAAGAGCCUCAGUACGUCCAGUGCAGAAGGAGAGGAGGCGUUCAGUCCCAAAGUUUCAACACAUAAGAUCACAGAGAGAACCAACUCCCUGAACCGUUCACUAAAGAAAAGCAACAGUUUCAAGAAGACUCAGCCUCCCUUCUUCCUGACCAGAAUCGAUGAUAAGAUGGAGCAGUACACUCACGCUGUGGAGAAAACCUCCCAGGAGCCACGGGCACUGAAGGUGUCGCUCUCUGACCUUCCCAAUUCCCCAGAGGUCGUUGCCUCCAAGAAGAAUCUGUUUGAGGCUGGAGAGGCCUGGAGCCCGAACGAAGGAGCAACAUGCAAGGACACUGGCAGUCUGAAAGUGGGCGUGGCCAGCCUGAUCACACACUGGGUAAAAGCCCCCUCAGAGCCCAGCAGCAAACAGUCACCAUGCCGACCGUCUGAUGUGAGGCCUGGAGGCGUGCUGCAGAAGAGGAACAUGUGGGAAAUAUAUGGAGACCCACCAGGGAGGACCGAACCAAAAGCAAAGCCAGCACCACAUGGGAAAAAACAUAAAUUUAUUGUCACUGGUCAUGGAAAAUAUGAGAAGAUCUCUGUAGAUGAAUGUGGAGACCUCAGCCAAAAUGCCGGUUUGUGUUACAGUGAUUGCUGAGGAAGCAUUUCCUCUCCUGCUGCCUACGUGAUCUUGCAACACCUGACAUGCUGAUGCAGGAACUUUGCAACAGGAACGUCUAUAUUUUUUCUGACCAUCUCUAGAGGAAAUGCACCUACAACCCCAAACCCAGGCCCAAAUAUAUAUAUAUAUAUAUAUACCCUUGGCAGAUUUAGGCUAAGUAAUUUAUUUUUUUUAUUUAUGUUUUAUUAAAAUCCUAGUAUGUUGAAAAUGCAAACCGUUCUCAAUAAACAGUGGAAAAUUAUUUUAUUGGCAAUCACACCGUUCCUUCCAAUUGAUGAGUAGCUUUUCACUUCUUUCCACUGAUUUGUUGCUGACAUAUUCUCCAAGUCUUUAAGCUUGGACGCCCUCCAUCACCCUAAUCUUAAGCUUCACUCAUGGAUUCUCAAUUAUAUUCAUGUUGGUAUGCCUUCUGCAGCCUACAAGAAUAUUAAUUCUUCCAUUCAGGAGAAAGACUUUCAGAAAUCUGUCAGGGGUAUGAAUGAUUUUGGACUCAAUUGUACAAAUUAAAAAUUAAAGCCCACAAACAAAUAUCUGAUGGUUAUAGGUGUGAUCCUCUUUAUAUCUUCCUGCUUUCUGUUUUUACCAUUAUGAGUCUAUCUAAAUGUGAGUUAGUUUUCAGUUUUCUUCUGUUCAAGACGAUCAUUUGUAAAACGUUUACAGUUUGAAUCAUCUCGAGUAAAUGGAUCACAUCAAUGUUUGACCUGUUCAGCACUUUUUAGCUUGAGGACAAUCAAAACUGCAAAAGCUCUGAGCACCAGCCACAGUUAAAAGCAGACGUUAGAUGUUACACACUGUAUAAAAACACACAACCAUUUUAUUCUGUGACAUUAAAUCUGAAUAAAUGUUAUGUUAUUUCGGCCACUUGGGAUUACCAAAACUAGUUGAUAGAUGCCAGAAAAAUAAUGGAAACAUUUAUUUUUACAACUUUGUUCUAAUUCAGACAGUUUUUUCAACUGUAUGAGUUAUGUAAUAUUGGGCAUCCUUCCACGAAUUUUUCACCAAAGUUUACUAGAAUUUUAUUUGGAUUUUUUUUUUGUGCUAGAACAAUUUUGAUUUAGACAUUUUUUAAAUAAGUUCUUUACAUUAUUGUUCUAUUAAAUAAUAUGCAAACUUUUAUGGCAUUGUAACUUACUUAUGUAACAUCACAUAAAAAUCUAAAUAGGAAGGGAAUUGUGGACCUCCACUAUUUAGUUCAUCCUUGGGAACAAUCUCCAGAUGCAUGUGCGUGCCACAUACACAUGUUAAAACAAUUAUAUGUAAGCAUAAACACCACAGUAAUUUCCAGCUGUCUGAUCUAACCAAUGAGAGGGAAGACAGGUCUGUAAUGUCACUCAGCCAAGAGGAGUCAGAUUACAGUUUUCAAACUCACUCAUGGACAUUUCUUAAUAUCUGUCUGAUUAAACUAAAAUGAAACUGUGUUAGUAAAAUUGCCAUCAUUACAAUUUGGAGUAAAAAUGGCAAAAUCUGCAGUCCUGAGAACACCAUAUCAACUAUGAUGUAAGAGGUUAACACUAUGAUAUCUUGUGCAUUUUUGGGGGAAUGAUGAUUUUCACAAAAAAAGUAGGCAUCACAAGAAAAGAAAAGUACUUUAAACAAUUAACGUCUCACCUCCAUACAAGAGCAAGGAAGUUAAACCUGCAAACAAAAUAGUCUUCGAAGUGAACAAUGAACCCAGUCAUACUAGUUAUUUACUGGUUACAAAGUGUAUUAAAUAUAUAUAUAAAAAUAGCCAUUUAAAACUCCCUCAACCCUAUUACCACCUUUCCACAGCAGGUCUGCUGAAAUGCCAGCAAGCUUGUGGAAGGCCCAAACCAACCCAACUCAUACAUUUCAAAAUUUUAUAUAAAGGUAAACGGCUGAAUUUGAAGAAAUUUACAGAAUAAUCUCUGACUCAUUUUUCUAGCAUUUAGAAGUAGUCUACCAGAAAGUCUAUUUGACUGUCAUAGGGAUUGGAACAGUCUUCUCUCUAAAGAUAAUAAAAUAAUUUAACAGAAGAAACAAUUAUAAAGAAAAAAAAUAAAAAAUGUAAAACUUUUUAUGGAAAAAAAUUGCAUGUUUUCUAAUUGCUGACAAAUUUUGUUAAAUCAUUUUUGGUGAUUUGCCUUUGGUCAGGUGUUCCAAGCCUUUAAAGUUGGAAUCCCUCUUUGCCAUCACCAUAAUCUGACAGCAAAUAUUCUCUAUUAGAUUCAAAUCAGGAUGUUCCCUCUCCAUAACUUAUGUUACAAUGUCUUUCUUUUGACGUCCAGUCAAAAUUGACAUGUUGGUAAAAUGAAAAGGUUGAUUUAAACUUUAAACUUACAAAGGCAUGAAUACUUUUUUGGUCUAGCUAUAAAAAACUGCUGUUAAGUGUAUGUAAGAAUCAUAAAUAUUAUACAGUGCAUAGUUGUGACAAUUGUGGUGGACAUUUGCUUAUUGAAAUUUGACUUUGUGAUAUUUAGCUUAAUAGUUACACCUUUGAACACUAAUGGAUGCUUUAGUUCAUACAUGUCUGCUUCUGUCUCAAAAUGCUUUUACUUUUAUUCUUUUUGAACAAGAUUUUUUCGCUUCUAUUUUUAUGCCACUUUGAAAAUAUUAAAUAAAAUCAGUACCUAUUCUU